AUGUCGGUGGCACACAGCAAGCUGCUGUACGCUUCACCGGUCUGGGCUCUGGCUCUGGUGAGGGCAGCUCGGAAUAGGGUAGCCCUCAGUCAGGCGCAGAGAGGUGCCGCUAUUCGGGUUGCGAGGUGCUACAGGACCGUGUCUGAUAUGGCAGCUCUGGUCUUGGCUAGAAUACCUCCAGCCCACCUGCUGGCCGAUGAGCGACGCAGAAUCAAGGAGCGCAAGCGGGAGCCCACGACGGUGGCAGUUAUAAGGUGGCAGGAGCGCGAGGUAACGCUGCGCGAAUGGCAGAUAAUCUGGGAUCACACGACGAAGGCGGCGUGGACGAGGAGGAUGAUUCCAGACAUCAGGAGGUGGGUGCAUCAGUCAAAUCAUGAAGCCAUGACUUUCCACAUGGCUCAGGCUUUGACGGGUCAUGGAUGCUUCCAGAACUACCUGUGGAAGAGGAGGAGAGCAGAUGACCCCCACUGCAUGCACUGUGAUGAGCCGGAAGACACUGUGGAGCACACAUUGUUUAACUGUCCGUUCUGGGCAGAAGACAGACGGGAGAUGGAGCAAUGCGUCGGACGGCCACUACAACCCAAUGAUGUGCCGGAUAUCAUCCUGGGACCGGAACAGGAGCUCCUCCCAGAUGAUGCAUCCAGGAGGCGGCGUAUUGAGGCGAUGGCGGAGGGACUGAGGUCGGCGUUUGGCAGAAUGGUGGAGGCGAUUCUCGGGCGGAAGGAGGAUGCAGAGCGGGUUAGGCGAUUUUUUAAUGGUGACUGA